AUGUCAUUUCGCAAGCGCAACGUCGUCCUGUCGGCGGGGUCUUCGGGGGGGAGCCCGGCCGCAGCACAGCCGCAGGAGCAGAGGAGCAUGCCGACAGCAGCAUUGCAAGCAGCACGGGGUGCACCAGUGCGGCGAGCACAGAUUGUGAUUCCACAGCAGGAGCAGGAACAGGAGCAGAAGAAGGAGCAGCGGCACCUACCCGACGUGUCGACCUGGACGGUCUCCUCACCGGUCGAGCUGUCGGCUGCGAGACGGGCCGAGCUGGCACCGGUCAAGCAGCAGCUGCGCCUGCUCCUGGAGCAGGAGAGACAGACGCGGGCUGGUAUCCGUGGCCGGAGGACGGCAGCACCGGUGGCGGCUCUCGGCGGCGGAGCGCGGCCGUCGCCGUUUGACGGGCGGCCCAUCACGUCGACGGGGACGGCAUCGUUGGAUGUCUUGUUGGCUGGCUACGGUGGCCUCCUGCUUGGUCACUCGCUCCUGGUCCAAGAACAGGGCACGACCGACUUUGCCGGCGUCCUGCUGCGGGCUUUUGCCGCCGAGGGCCUCGUCCAAGGUCAUCACGUUCAUGUUCUCGGCUUCGGCCACGGCUGGGAGGCCGAGCUGCCCGGCAUCGCGUCCACGUCGUCAUCCAGGAAACCGGUGCCCGACGCAGACAGGAUGAAGAUCGCCUGGCGCUACGAGGGACUGUCUGCUCGUCCUGGAGCCGGCAGGUCUCCUGCUGGUCCAAUUACCACCACCAACAUCACCCCCUUUUGCCACACCCUCGACCCUAGCAGACGUCUCGGGCCCGCUGACAUCAAGGGCACGCUGCACCCGUUCCCGCUGCCGAAUCCGCUUCUGCCGUCACGCACGCCCGAACCGGUACACUCGCCGCUCCGCGCCUUUCUGGCCAGUGUGCGGGCCAGCCUCGAGGCCACGCCGCCGUCGGCCGUGCACCGCGUCGUCCUGCCGGCCUUUCUGUCGCCCACCCUCUACGCCAUGGACGGCUGGAGCGCCCCCUACAUCCUCAGCCUGCUGCUCGGCCUGCGCAGCCUCCUGCGCGAGCACGGCCGCCGCCUGACCGUCAUGCUGUCGCUCUCGACCUCGCUCUACGACCGCGCCGACUACAGCGUCCGCCAGCUGGAAAGAGUCUGCGACAACGUCGUCGAGCUCGUCCCCCUGCCGCCUGGACGGCCGUCCGCCGCCUCAGCUGCCGCCAGCAACACGCCCACGUCGCCCGCCGACAAGAUGCAGGGCUGGUUCCGCGUCCACAAGCUGCAGGUCUACUCCGAGACCGGAGGCGCCGGCGCCAGCCCCCAGGGCAGGGCCCUGCGCGAAAACUUUUGCUUCAGCAUGAGCGCCUCCAGGGGCCUCGAGAUCGCCCCCUACAGCCUGCCGCCCGUCGACGACGGCAACCACAACGACAAGUCUGCCCCGGCCAGCUCUACGAAAGAAGGCAUCGAGUUUUGA